AUGGCAUCACGAAAGCAAAGGAGCUCGGCAGUUCUACAAGAUUCGGAGCUGCUUUCUCCGGCCAGUGCGCGUCUUGAGAUAGAGUAUGAGAAAGCUCUCUGUCAUACAAAAUUAAUUAUCGGCGAUGAGAAAAAUCGGAUCAUGCGCGUACAAGCCUUACUUGCGAGCCAUGACAAAGACGAUCUAUGUUCCGAACUUGAGGAUGUGAAGACCCAUCUGGCAAGAGCAGAGAAGAUUGGCUCGGAAGCGCAGGAGCAGCUGAAGCAAGCACGGAAUGAGAUUGACUCCUUGCGAAAUUCUCUCCGAGUCCAGUUGCGGGAGAUCGAGCAUUUAAAGUCGAACAUAAACGAACUACAGGUGACGGCAGCCGACUCGAGUAAACUGCUAGCCGAAAAGCGAGCCAUGACGCGAGAAAUAUCCAAUUUAAAACACGAAAUUGAGCAGCUGAAAUCGCAGGCUUUGUCUCACCAAGCUUUGAUGUCGGAGAAGCUCUCGCUAGAACGCCAGCUUCGCUCGCUCGAAGUUGAGCUUCAAAGUGAGAAAAAUGCGUUAGAGAAGGCACGGCUGAAGGAUGUGGAACAUAAUGAGGUGGAUAGCAAAAUUCUUACCGAACUUGGGGAGUUGAAUAAGGAGCUUACUAGAGAGAGGCGUGAACGGGAAAAAAUCCAGAAUGACAUGAAGACUGAAGCGCUCGAGUGGGCGCGUCAUCGACUCGUUCUUGAAAACAAGCUGGCUAGUCUUCGAAAUAAAUUACGUCAGUCAAAAGAUGACAGCACCUUAGACCGGCCCACAAUACUGGAUGAUGCUGGAUCACCGCAAGAAGACCAGAGACGGAAGAGAAGCACGUCUAGAUUUGAGUCAGAUGUAGCGAUAACCACUCCAGGAGCAGCUGUAGCUCACCAGAGAAUGAGUAGGAUGCCUGCUGUUCCUGGCGAGAAGUCAACUUUCUCCACAACGCCAUUCCUGAAUCGAACCAGUACUACGGCAGAAUCUUCUGGCAUGUCGGCGAGCGAUUCGGAUUUAGAGCACGUCCGCAAGCCAGUGAAAAGGAUGAAGGAGGAUGUUGAAGAUAACCGGUCAAAAUCUAGCAAACCCUCUCACUCAAAAGCCACAAAAGCGACGAAACGGAGGCCCCCGCCAAAGUCGCAAAAUGUGUCCGUUAUGGUGAAUUCUGAUGAUGAUCACGAAAAUACGCAAAAUACGCAACCCACAAAACGACAAAACGAACCCUCAACGUCAACUACAAAUAAAAAUGCGGGGAUCAAACGGAGGUUUCUGCCGAGGAAGCCAGAGGGCACGUUGUUUGAUGAUGAUGAUGAACAAGGAUUUGGGGAAUCCAGUAAAGAUAGAAGGCGGGUUCUGACUGGCUUUCGAGCCCUCGGGGGAGGUCAACUGGGCUUAGGUGCGCCGGGUCGACGGCUUGGUGGUGGUCGAGGAUUAGAAGCAUAUGCAGAUAUAUCUCCUCUACGACGGAAUAUUCGAGCUGCUCAUAGUUAG